AUGGCUUCAAAGCCAGCUACUCCGACCAUCAUCGACCUCGUCCAAGCCAGCAACGCGACAUGUCGAAUGCUGCUGUACGGGCUCUGUCGCCACGAUCAAACUCGAGCAAAGGCACUGAAGCUCUUAGCUGAUCUUGAAGGCGAAAGAGGCCUUUUCGCUGAGCAGCCUCGCAAUGGCGUCCAGCGCGGUGUGAAGCGCAAGGCCGAAGAAGAUCUUCAAUUGUGCCAACGAUGUGGCGAGCCGUUUUCAGAGGGAGUCAACAAGUAUAAGGAAUGUUACUUUCAUGACGGCGAUUUGGAGGCAGACUAUGAGUCUGGUGUCUGGGCCGACCAUGACGAGACAACCCAUGGUCCAAUCGACACUGAGGAGAAUCGAGAAGACUAUCCUGAAGGGUUCGACUGGUCGUGCUGCGAUAAACCCGGCGAUGAGCCGGGCUGCAAAGUAGGGCAUCAUCAUUCUCUGGCGGACUUGUCCAAGAAGGGGAAGUAUUCGUUGGAUACGGAUAGUGUCAUUGGGGCUGAUGAGGUGGAUGACAGUGAUGAUUAUGACGAAGAGGAGGGCGAGGAUGAGGGUGUAGAUGAGUAA